UAUUAGUCAUUAACAAAUGACACUAGAUAGAGGCUAUGAUCUUGCCACGAAGGGGAGGGGCUCUUGCCUCUGGUGUGCUGCCUGAUCUGGAGGAGAAAUAUCCGUCCCCCAACAGCACAGCAAGUCUACCGAAAAUACGGACCGACAGACUGCGGCGGGCUGACGGUGACGCACAUGGAGAUCAUUUUUACAUGUUUUAAAUCAAUUGGACAGAGAGAGACAGAUGAACGUGUUUUCUCUUUUAUUUCAAAUAGUCUACUGCGCCAGACUGAUAGUCCAAACAGCCGAUUUACCACUUCAUGAGAGCGAGAUGUUCGUGUUGUAGCCUAAAAUACUGUCAGUGGGCUCAAUAAGAAAAUCCUUGAAGGUAUGUAGCUAGGCUAAAUCUCAUGUAUUUUAGGAAAAAUUACACUGCGUUUCAGUGAACAAAAAUCCGUGAAAUGGAAACGUGCUUGAUAUUGGCACAUCCUCUCCUCAUUCAGAUGUGUUGAUGUAGAAUAUCAAUGCUUAUGACUGCAGCCUAGUCAGUCAAUAGCCAAUUCGUGUUUUCAUGUAGGUUUAAGUAUAUAUAUAUUUUUAACAUGAAUGUGUGACAGAAGUUUACCUUUCAUCACCAUGGACAGCGCACGCUCAUCAGUUGUGGCAUUGAGAGAUGUCACCAAACAUGUUUUGGAAAGACAAAAAUGUACAUUAUGUAAUAUUUGGGCAAUCUGAACAACAUAUGGAAUUGUGAAUCUAUAUUCUGUCCGUUUUUUCCUAAAUAUUAUUUUGACUGUGUGGACUUGAAUGAAUGCCAUUCUGUCUUCAAAUUGGCCUCUAAGCCUGUUUACCCGCUGGGCAGUGGACUUUUCAACACCUCAGGGAAAAUCCAUUCUAAUGUCUCACUUUCCAAAUCAAAUCUAUCUUGACAUCAUUGCACAUACCUGUGAAUAAUAAGUGGGGCAAGUAUUCACUUCUGACGAACAUUCAGCCUAUUCACCGGCGUGAUAUUCACUGGUUCUUAAAGAUGUCAUUUAAAGUUAAAUACACUCUUGGCGUGAACUAAAAUGGAUGUUGGGAGUUGGGUUCCGACCGCAGGAGAUGUGACCGGGAAUUUCACCCCAGCCCACCUCCUGCUGGAUUCCCAUAAUGGGACCGGUCCGACACCGGGGGAUAACGGUCUGUCCAACAACAGCCAGCAGCACUACAUCACAGACCAAGCCUACCGGGACUUCACCACUACCAUCCAGGUGUUCAUCCUCAUAGGAUCCCUGUUGGGCAAUGGUACUGUUUUAUGGUGUACCUGCUGUACCAGUGUCUUCAAGUCGGUGACCAGUCGCUUCAUUAAGAACCUGGCGUGCUCAGGGAUCUGUGCGGGUCUGGUGUGUGUUCCCUUUGACGUGGCUCUAGGGGCCAGCCCUCGCUGCUGCUGGUGGCUACACACUCUGCUGCUCUGCAAGGCACUGAAGUUCCUCCACAAACUCUUCUGUUCCGUCACCGUGCUCAGCUUCGCUGCCAUCGCACUCGACAGGUACUACUCUGUCCUCUACCCUCUGGAGAGAAAGAUCUCAGACGCCAGGUCACGUGACCUUGUCAUCUACAUCUGGAUCCACGCCACCAUCGCCAGCGUGCCCGUGUUCGCCUUAACCAACGUUACGGACGUGUAUGCAACCUCGUCCUGUUCCGACGCCCGCGCCCGCUCCCUGGGUCACAUGGUCUACGUGUUGACCUACAACGUUACCACGGUGAUCCUUCCCCUCGUUGUCGUCUUCCUGUUAAUGGUCCUGAUUCGCAGAGCUCUCAACGCCAGCCAGAAGAAGAAGGUGAUCAUCGCAGCAUUAAGAACACCUCAGAACUCCAUCUCCAUCCCUUAUGUCUCUCAACGCGAGGCUGAGCUACAUGCUACGUUACUGGCUGUGGUGUUAGCCUUCUCGGCCUGUAGUGCCCCCUAUGGAGCGUUGGUGGUAUACCGCACUCUUCUCGGGGACGGGGAGGAUUUGUCCCCUUCUCUCCAUCUCACGGCCAUCUGGCUGCCCAAGGUGUCUCUCCUCACCAACCCUCUGCUGUUUCUGACGGUGAACGGCUCGGCUCGACGCUGCCUGUUUGAUGUUCUAGUCCGGGUACACAGACGCUACAGUCGGCGUAACGUGGUCAGCACUGGGGAUCUGGGGCUGAGGGGCGAGGGAGGGUUGGGAGGGUCUGGGACCCUGGAGGGGUCUGCUCGUGCUGGGAGCCAGCUCCUGGAGAUGUUUAAUAUCGGACAGCAGCAGAUCUUUAGGCCGACCGAUGAAGAGGAGGAGGAGGUAGAGAAUGCGAGCCCUUCAUUAGGGUCAGGGAUGGGGGGCUGUCCUCAUCCCAACGAGAACCACCACCAGGCAGGGGGAGGAGGGGGAGGAGGGAAGGUGGUUCUACAGAAAGAGACCGAACCAACCAGAGAGAGCGUCCCGGUAACUAAAGAACAACCUCCUCUCAUAUUGCCCGAGGUCUCACCUGUCCGUGCCUGUGCUUACACCUCCUCGUCACAGGUGGCGCCAGCGACCCCCACGGAGCCCGAAGACGCCACCCAGUUUGGGUUCGGGCCAUUCGAGCUGCCGCCCCAGUGGCUGCCGGAGACCAGGAACAGUAAAAAGAGGCUCCUCCCACCGCUAGGGAACACCCCAGAGGAACUGAUCCAGACCAAACAGCCACGCCCAAGGCCAGAACGACGAAUCAGCAGGAACAACAAGGUCAGCACCUUCCCCACAUUGACCCCUGAACUAUAAACCCUGGCCAUUGACCUUUGAACUGAUGACCCCUGAUCACAGCUAUGGGUGGAGGUCAGCAUGUGGAUGAUUUGUGAUCCGUUUUGUGUCAAUGACUGGGUACACAGUCAGUGGAGGAAACCCCACCUGACCAACCACCUGCCCAAGGGCCCCCUGUAAGAGAGAACAGAAAGUACAACUCCAGAGCUCGAUGAGUCUGUCUCAUUGUUGAUUCUCUCUGUCGUGUAUUGCAGUGGUUCCCAAACUUUUUAUAGCCCCAUACCCCUUCCAACAUUCAACCUCCAGCUGUAUCCCCUCUAGCACCAGGGUCAGCGCACUCUCAAAUGUUGUUUUUUGCCAUCAUUGUAAGC